GAGAGGGUAAAGUGGGUCUCUUGUCCAGUUUCGGGGAAUCUGGUUUUUUUAUUAUUAAUAUUAUUAUUGGCUAUUGUUGGUUUGUAGUGUCACAUGAAUGCUGCAUCUGUUGAUAUAAGCAUCGUAGUAUUUAAUACAAAUUUCAACAAUUUUAUGAUCCGAUUUCUGCUUGGUUUGAAGUUUAGGCAUGUUGUUUGUUGUUGUGGCCGUGCAAGCAUAAAGAUUUCUGUGGUCCUGAAGUGGUUUGUCUGUUCAUAAUUGGCUUGGAGAGCUUGGCUUUGUUAUUUUCUUUUUAGUAGAUAGAGAUUUUGGGAUUCUGUUCAGUGAAAGACUGCAUCGUUUCAAACUUUUGGAGAUUUGAGCCUUCAUAAAGUUCCACUUUUCUUCUUCUCCCAAGAGAGGAAUUUUAAAGCUUCUCGUCAAGAUUAGAGAUACAUGUACUAAUGUGGGUGAUGACUGCACUGCUGCUUUUUGUGGUCAGAAGUCAGACCUUCUUGGAGUCUUUUGCAACCUGUUAAAGUUGGGAGAUUGGAGAAAUCUUAUUUUUGGAGAAGAAUGCAGGUCUCAGCCAUUCCCUCUUGAGUUCUAUGAAGCUCUUCUUUGGUUCUAGUAAGGAGUUAGAAGAGCUUUGAAAUUAGGUAGCAUAGGUGAUCAUGUCAGUUUACACUGUUCCUUCUAAUUUAGCGCCUUCACCACUCCUGUCUAUUGCUGAUUCACCACCACCAGCAUCAUCCUCCCUUUCUCCUCCUCCAACUUCUCCACCCCAAGCUCAGCCCGGCGCCGACUCCAAUGCACCUCCCCUUUCGUCCCCUCAGCCGCCACCGCCGCCUCUUCCAACCGCACCGCCGCCAGCUUCUCAACCACCUCCAGCCUCGCCGCCCCCACCAUCUGCCACUCCCCCUCCUCCAGUGUCCUAUUCUCCACCACCUCAUGCAAUGCCACCUCCACCACCUCCCAUCAGUCCUUCUCCAAACGCCUCUUCCCCAGCUCCUACAUACUCAUCACCUCCGCCUCCCUCCAUACAUAUCCCAUCGCCAUUAUCGCCUUCGCCGACUCCUCCUUCUCCAUCACCUGCCCAUUCUAAACCACCACCACCACCAUCACCAUUGGAUAAACCACCUGCGAAUCCAUCCCCGCCGCCACCGUCAGCCGAACCGCCAAUAUAUUCUUCCCUGCCACCGCCAUUGGCUAGACCACCUAAAAGUUCACCUCCACCACCAGUUUUAUCACCCCCUCCCCCUUCGGAGCCUCAAAUUCCACCUAUCAGUCCCGCAGCUCCACCACCUAAAAGCCAAUCAACACCUCCUCCUCCUCCUCCUGCUGCUGCUUCACCUCCUCCGAGCAAUUCGUCUGGAAGUACAACUCCCUCUGCUCCAGAUAUACCCUCUCCUACCACCCCUACCAGUCCUCCACCCUCACCUUCACCCUCUCAUCCACGGGCUGUACCUGCUACUCCAAUUAGCCCUGGUACCCCAAAUUCACGCCCUCAUGCUCAAAGCAACAACUUAGGACUCCGAAAUAUCCAUUCACCCAAAACCAACUCAACUGGCGUCGGAACUGUUGCGGCAAUCGCUGUAGCAGGUCUUGUGAUGCUUACUUUUGUUGGAGCAGCUGCGUGGUUUGUGAAGAAGCGUAGAAAACCUGAUCAGGUCGUACUUACUGUGUAUCCUGGAGGCUUUCACAUGGUUUCACCGGCUCGACCUUCACCAUUGUCAGAUUCAUCAGAUGUGAGAUCGCCGAUAUAUCCUCUUGGGAAACACGGUUCUGGAAGCUAUCCAUUCAUGUACUCACCAUCGGACGCAGGGUUAGGCAAAUUGUGGUUUUCAUUCGAAGAGCUAUCGGCAUUUACGAAUGGCUUCUCAACUCAAAAUCUUUUGGGUGAAGGUGGAUUUGGUUGUGUAUUCAAAGGAUGCUUACCUGAUGGAAGAGAAGUGGCUGUGAAGCAGCUCAAAGUUGGAGGUUCACAGGGGGAGCGUGAAUUUAAAGCUGAAGUUGAGAUUAUUAGCCGUGUACAUCAUCGCAAUCUAGUUUCGCUCAUCGGGUACUGUAUAUCAGAGGAUCACAGGUUGCUAGUCUACGACUUUGUACCUAAUAAUACACUUCAUUAUCAUCUUCAUGGGAAAGGAAGGCCCGUUAUGGAUUGGGCAACAAGGAUUAAGGUUGCUGCUGGGGCAGCUCAUGGAAUAGCAUACCUGCAUGAGGAUUGUCAUCCUCGGAUUAUUCAUAGAGAUAUAAAGUCCUCAAAUAUUCUACUUGAUAGCAACUUUGAAGCUCAGGUAUCUGAUUUUGGACUUGCGAGGUUGGCUAUGGAUGCUCAGACUCAUGUGACUACACGAGUAAUGGGGACCUUUGGGUAUCUGGCUCCAGAGUAUGCAUCAACUGGCAAGUUGACCGCUAAAUCUGAUGUUUAUUCUUUUGGGGUUGUUCUUUUAGAGCUCAUCACUGCAAGAAAGCCUGUUGAUACAUCUCAACCUUUGGGAGAUGAGAGUCUUGUUGAAUGGGCUUGGCCAUUGCUAGUUCAAGCACUCGAAGAUGGAGAUUUUGGAGAUUUACCUGAUCCCAGGCUUGAAAACAAUUUUAAUGAAGGCGAGAUGUUGCGUAUGAUUGAAGCAGCAGCUGCAUGUAUUCGUCAUUCAUCAGCUAUGAGGCCUCGAAUGACACAGGUGGUAAGAGCUCUAGAUAAUUCAGCUGACUUUGAUAUAAGCAAUGGUGUCAGACCGGGUCAAAGUGAAAUUAUCAAUUCAGCACAACAGUCUGAAGAAAUUAGAAUAUUUCAGAGGAGGGGACGUGCAAGCCAGGAUUACAGCAGUGAACACAGUCGAGCUAGCUGGAAGAGUAUGAGUGAAUUGUGAACAAAGUUCCUUUUGCCCUUAACAUCAUGUUUUUUUCCUUAACUAAUUGUUUGUGUAAUUAUUCUUUCCAACAUAUUUGGAAUGUUGAUAAGUUUCCAUAAUUCUUUCUUAAAUUGAAUAAAUCAUUUUUCUCCUUUUGCAA